AUGCCGGAGAAGCAGGGGAGUCCAGGCCCCACCGGGAACGGCCACAUGCCUGGCGGGCCCCUCCCUGCAGCCCCAGCCCCAGGCAAAGCUGCUUCAGCACUCGCCAGAUCACAGCCUGGAGUUGUGAGCGGCGCAUCCCGGUGCCAGGCCAGCCCGGGGGCGCCCCUCCGGGUGCCCGUCGGCAGCUUGCUCCUGGGCAGCUCCUGGAGGGGGCAGGCGGAGCCACUGGAGCUGCGCACGCCCUCGCCGGCCGUGCCCAUCUUCUCCAUGACGCUGGGCGCCGUCUCCAACGUGGUGGCCCUGGCCAUCCUGGCGCAGUCCUACGCCCGCUUCCGGCGCCGCUCCAAGGCCACCUUCCUGCUCUUCGCCAGCAGCCUGGUCAUCACGGACUUCGCCGGGCACGUCAUCCCGGGCGCCUUCGUGCUGCGGCUCUACGCCACCCAGCUGAACUGGGACGCCAUGGACGGCACCGGCGCCAUCUGCCAGUUCUUCGGAGCCUGCAUGGUGUUCUUCGGCCGGCGCUGCGUGGGGGUGACACGCCCCUUGCUCCACGCCUCGCUGGUCACCUCCGUCCGGACCAAACUCACCCUGCUGGGGCUCUGGGCCUCCGCCCUGGCCAUCGCCCUGCUGCCCAUCUUCAGCUUCGGGAGCUACACCAUCCAGCACCCCUGCACCUGGUGCUUCAUCAAGGUGCAGCCGGCGGAGGGCUGGCCCGAGGUGACCUUCGCCCUGCUCUUCUCUCUGCUGGGCCUGGCCUCCCUGCUGGCCGCCUUGGUCUGCAACACCCUGAGUGGGCUCUGCCUGGUGCGGGGGCAGCUGCGGGCCCAGCGCAAGUGCGGGCAGCGGCGCGCCAAGCCCCACGACAUCGAGAUGGUGGUGCAGCUGGUGGGCAUCAUGGUCGUCUCCUGCAUCUGCUGGAGCCCCAUCCUGCUCUUUGUGCUGCUGGCAGUGGGCGACAAGGCCGGCUCGCUGCACUACCAGCGCCUCUUGUUCCUGGGCGUGCGCCUGGCCUCCUGGAACCAGAUCCUGGACCCCUGGGUCUACAUCCUGCUGCGCCGCGCGGUGCUGCGCAAGCUCUGUGUGGCGUUGCGCCGCCAGCCCCCGGGCAAGGGCAGCCGCUUCGAGCGCUGGGAGAUCAGCUCCUUCCAGAGCUCCGAGCGCAGCAUGGUCGCCCGCUUCUAGGGGCCCGGACGGACCAGAAGGGCUGGCGGCGCCCGGCCCCACCUGCUCUGGGCUCCUGCAGGGGCUUCCAGGCGUGCGCAGAGGGUUUGUCGGACGUGACCUGGUCGGACGAUGGAGCCAUGU